CAUUUUAAAGAGCUUCAUAGGGCUAUCAAGAUGUGUGAGUGAGCUUUGGUUUCAACUGACCCAAUUGUUACUUCAUUAGGGGAAUUCCAGUAGGUUUUGACUCAGUUCGAAGUUAUUUUGCUUUUCAUAUGUGCAUAGCUUGUUUACUGAUCCUAGCUAACAGUCAACAUUUCGAGGCUCAUGUAUACACUACGGAAUCUGGAGAUUGUACUGCUUUUCUCUCCAACUAUGACUCAAAAUCCUCUGCUAGAGUGAUGUUCAACAAUAUGCAGUAUAGCUUGCCUCCUUGGUCAGUCAGCAUCCUCCCAGACUGCAUAAAUGUUGUCUUCAACACAGCAAAAGUUGGAGUGCAAACAUCUCAGAUGCAAAUGUUGCCAACAAAUACUCAGUUGUUCUCAUGGGAAAGUUUUGAUGAAGAUAUUUAUUUUGUGGAUGAAAGCUCAGCAAUUACUGCUCAUGGUCUCCUGGAACAGAUAAAUGUAACAAAGGAUGCAAGUGAUUAUCUUUGGUAUAUAACUAGCGUUGAUAUAGGUUUGUCUGAAUCCUUUCUACGUGGAGGUGAAUUCCCCACUCUCAUUGUUCAGUCUACAGGCCAUGCUAUACAUGUAUUCAUCAAUGGUCAACUUUUUGUUUCUGCCUUUGGAACAAGGGAGUAUAGGAGAUUCACAUAUACUGGCAAGGUAAACCUUCUUGCUGAACUAAACAGACUCGCUUUGCUCAAUGUUGCCAUUGGACUUCUUGUAAGUUUUUUUCCCCUUUUUUCCCUCUUUCUAUGAUUAUGAAAGGCUUGUAAGUAACAAUGUCAGCUAAUUUUGACAAGAAAUAAAAAUAUUAAGAAUGGCUCAAUUCUUUUCCUUCUAAUAACUAAUAUUAUUGAAUAAAUGGUUUUUUGUAUUUUGUUGUCAAAGAAUGUGGGAGAACACUUUGAGUCGUGAAGCACAGGAAUCCUUGGUCCAGUUGCACUCCAUGGACUUGACUAGGGAAAAUGGGACUUGUCAGGGCAGAAAUGGAGUUAUCAGGUUGCAUACUCAUACUUUAGAUACUUAAGUUGGUUCACUUUCCAAGAAGAAAAUUUCAGUAAGAAAUGCUUUUAAACAGGAUGGAUUGAAAGGAGAAGCCAUGGAUGUUGCCUCUCCAAAUGGUAUCUCUAGUGUUGCGUGGAUGCAGUCAGCAAUAGUUGUUCAAAGAAAUCAACCAUUGACAUGGCACAAGACUUAUUUUGAUGCUCCCGAAGGAGAUGAACCAUUGGCAUUGGAUAUGGAGGGUAUGGGAAAAGGUCAAAUAUGGAUCAAUGGAUAGAGUAUUGGAAGAUACUGGACUGCUUUCCUCAUGGACAGAGUAUUUAAAACUUUUGUAGUAGAUAUUUAUAAGGACUCAUGCCACGAGUGCUACCUUUUAAUAGAAUUUUUAUUUGAGUUUUCUGCUAUAAUAAGAUUGAAUGUAUGAUUAAACAUGAAG